AUGCUUGCAUUCAUCGACGGCCUCAACGAGGCCCACAUGGCGAACCCGUUCCUGGAAGCCACCAACACCAUUGGCUCCCUUGUCGGUAUGGUCCCCUUACACACGGCUCAGAUUGUUGGCACUAGCCUGAGCGUGGUGGCGGGCCUGGGAACCGCUGGUGUGGCCAUUGUUCGUACAAAGAAGUACAUGACGUGGGCCAAUGAGGUCAUCUUCAAGCCCAAGGGUCUUCUCGCGCAACUCUGCAAGACGGAGAAGAUGCUAGGCCAGAUUGGCAUGGAGGGGACAGAAAGAUGUCUUUGCGCAGAUGCAGUACCAGACAGUGAUGGAUAG